AUGAGGGCGACAUUGGCUUUAAUAACCCUGUUGGGGGGCACGACGGUGUCGGCUCUGCGCGACGACAACAAUAUAACACAGACGAUUCGAGUGGACAAUUCCACCACAGACCCCACCGCAUAUGAUUAUGUCGUGGUCGGCAGCGGCCCUGGAGGCGGUCCUCUGGCUUCACGGCUGGCGAUUGCAGGGUACAGAGUCCUCCUGAUCGAGGCGGGAGACGACCAAGGCGAGGCAACGUGGCAGCAGGUGCCGGCUUUGCAGCUCCAGGCCACAGAGUUUACGCCCAUGCGGUGGGAUUACUUUGUCAACCACUACCAGGACCUUGCGCGGCAGGAACAGGAUUCCAAAAUGGUCUGGAAGACUCCCUCCGGAGACGAGUACGUCGGGAACAGUCCGCCAUCUGGCUCGACUCCCCUGGGGAUCUGGUACCCACGCACGGGAACCCUGGGAGGUUGCUCGGCGCAUAACGCAAUGAUCACCAUCUAUCCACACGAGAGCGACUGGAAUAAUAUCGCGUCAAUCACGGGUGAUAGUUCCUGGAGUGCCGGGAACAUGCGCAAAUACUUUGAGCGCUUGGAACGGUGCAGAUAUCUCCCCAACAGUGUCGUCGGCCACGGCUUUGAUGGUUGGUACGAGACCAGUCUCACGGAAUUGUCGCUGGCAGUCGAGGACCAGAAACUGUUGUCGCUCAUAAUCGCGGCGGGAACGGCAAUGGGUAAGGGUCUGCUCGGGAUGGUGCUCAACACGGUGGCUGGGUUGGGAGAAGUCUUGCUCAGAGACAUCAAUGCCGAUGUUCCCGGCCGGGACUCUCAGGAGGGCCUGUACCAGGUCCCAAUUGCAGUUACCGAGGUGGACAAGAAACGCAAUGGUCCGCGCGACUUUAUCCUCGACACCGCAAACGCCGUCAACGCAGACGGAUCGCGCAAGUACCAUCUCGACGUCAAGCUCAACACCUUGGUGACAAAAGUCCGGUUUGACACUUCUGGAUCCAAGCCGAAGGCCGUUGGCGUCGACUAUCUAGAAGGACAAAGUCUGUAUCGCGCCGACCCUCGCGCGGGCUCAGCAGCGGGUGGCACCCCGGGUAGCGUCAAUGCGAGUCGGGAGGUGAUCAUCUCUGGUGGUGCGUUCAACUCGCCGCAAUUGCUCAAAUUAUCUGGUAUUGGACCUGCUGCUGAGCUAUCCAAAUUCGGCAUCCCCGUGGUUGUCGACCUACCAGGUGUGGGAACCAACUUGCAGGACCGUUAUGAGGCAACGCUUGUGGGAGACAGUAACACCGACUUUGCCAUCACCAAGGACUGUACCUUUCUCCGCACUGAGCCUGACCCAUGCUUGGAGCAAUGGCAAACUCAACCAGGUCCCUUUCUCAAAGGCACAUACGCGACCAACGGUAUUGCCAUUGCUGUGAUCAAAAAGUCGUCUGUUGCGGACGGGGAUCCCGAUCUCUUGAUUUCUGGUGCUCCCGCAUUCUUCACAGGCUACCAUCCCGGAUAUUCGAAUGAGUCACUGAAAGACGCCCACCACUGGGCCUGGAUCGUUCUCAAGGCGCAUUCGCGAAACAACGCCGGGACUAUCACCCUGCGUUCCACCGAUCCGCGCGACACGCCCGUCAUCAAUUUCAAUUACUUCGACACAGGGAUCACUACCGACGACGCCGACGAAAAGGACUUGCAAGCCACAUACGAGGGCAUGGAGUUGUCGCGCAAGAUGUUCCAAGACUAUAUACCGCUGCAGGGCACGUUCAAGGAGGUUUGGCCGGGCAAUAAAGCCACAACGGAGGCUCAGAUGAAGGACUGGAUAAAGAAAGAAGCCUGGGGACAUCAUGCGAGCUGCACAUGUCCUAUCGGCGCCGAUGACGACAAGAUGGCGGUCCUAGAUUCCCAGUUCCGUGUUCGAGGUGUUGACGGGUUGAGAGUGGUCGAUGCGAGUGUCUUUCCCAAAAUCCCGGGAUUCUACAUCGUGCUGCCCACGUAUAUGAUUAGUGAGAAGGCAGCGGAUGUGAUUCUGGAGGAUGCUGCCAGUACGUGA